GUUUCUCGUCAACCCGAUUUCUCAAUUCCCUUUGCCAGACGAGCCAAAGCUUCUCACCGAGCGAACACCCAUAUUCUGAAGACCGGUUUCCGUCCCAACACAAAUGUACGUAUCAAACUCCUCGUGCUCCACUUGAAGAGUGGGUGCUUGCAGUAUGCGCGCCAAGUGUUUGAUCAAUUGCCUCACCGAACGCUUUCUGCUUAUAACUACAUGGUUGGUGGGUAUUUGAGACAAGGGCUAGUUGAAGAACUGAUCAAUUUGGUUCGCGGGUUGUCUGUUGAUUGCCAAGAAAAGCCUGAUGGGUUUACCUUCUCCAUGAUUUUGAAAGCCUCUACUAGUAUUAGUGCCUCCAGUGUUGUGCUGCCUCGGAAAUUCGAGAGCAUUGUUCAUGCUCAGAUAAUUAGAUUGGAGAUUCAGCCUGAUGAUAUUCUCUACACGACUGUGGUUGAUUCUUAUGUGAAGACUGGAAACAUUGUUUACGCGAGGAGAAUUUUUGACUUGAUGAUGGAUGAAAAUGUCAUAUGCUCAACGUCGAUGAUAUCUGGAUAUAUGAACCAUGGUUCUAUUGAAGAAGCUGAAGCGGUAUUUGGAAGAACAAACCAAAAGGAUAUCGUUGUCUUCAAUGCCAUGAUUGAAGGUUAUAGCAGGUCAGUGGGAACAGCUAGGAAAGCACUGGAGUUCUACAUUGAUAUGCAGCGCUUUGGUUUCCGGCCCAAUAUUGCCACAUUUGCUAGUGUUAUUGGGGCUUGCUCUCUUCUCACUGAAGUUGAGAUUGGUAUACAGAUCCAUUGUCAGCUUACGAAGAUCUGUUUUACCCACAUAAAGAUCGGAAGUGCUUUGGUUGACAUGUAUUCAAAGUGUGGGAAGAUUGAGUACGCCCGUACAGCCUUUGAUGACAUGCCAGAAAAGAAUGUAUUCUCUUGGAGUUCAAUGAUUGAUGGUUAUGGCAAGAGUGGUGAACCCGAUAAAGCACUCGAGCUAUUCCAUCAGAUGCAACUACGUGGGGUCGAGCCCAAUUAUGUGACCUUUCUUGCCGCUAUCUCAGCAUGUGGACAUGGUGGCUUAGUUGCCAAAGGCCAUGAGAUCUUCGAGAGUAUGGAGAGGGAUUACUCUCUCAAACCAAGGAUGGAGCAUUAUGCCUGCAUGGUUGAUCUGUUGGGUCGAGCAGGAAGUUUGCACCAAGCAUGGGAUCUGGUUAUGGGGAUGCCGGAGAGGCCAAACUCUGAUGUGUGGGCAGCCCUACUGAAUUCUUGUAAUCUUCAUGACAGUGUAGAAAUGGCAAGUGUAGCUGCUAAUGAACUAUUUAAACUAAAUGCUAAAACGCGGCCUGGCGCAUAUGUCUCAUUCUCCAAUACUUUAGCAGCUGCUGGGAAAUGGGAUUAUGUAAGUCAAUUGAGAGAGGCUAUGAAGAUCAGGGGAGUGCUGAAAGAUACUGGCUCCAGUUGGGUUGGCGCUGAAAUUGAGGCUUGAGGUGCUCAUUGCAUGACGUACACCAAAAGAAGUCGGGGAUUAUCUCUUUCAAAUUUCAGAUGAGUUGUUUUACAGGAUUUGGUUAUACCACUCGGCUCAAUUAGGGCUCAAGCUUUUUAGUGCAAGUAUCUUGGAGCAAUCGCCAUAUGUGUUGGCAAUAGUUGACAGAAACCUGCUCGUGGAGGAGAAACUGAAGGAGAUUCUACCAAGAAUCGUCCUUUGAUUUUGACAGUCAUAGCUGUGCUCUUCAACAUAUAACUCCUGUAAUUUUGGAUCGUGAAAGUCAAGACAAGGAAAACAAUGUGUGCGACUCCUAAAAUCAUAUUGACAGCCGGAUUAGCAAGAAGACUGCGGAUGAGAAAGUGAGGAGGGUCAAGGCAGAAGGAUAGGUUAGUUUGGAAUAGUAAUUUGGUCAUUGGUUGGCUAACCGUUUGUUUCUCUGAUUCGGGAAUCGUUAUAGGAAUUACCCAUCAAGAGAAAAACGAAGCCAGAGAGAAAUUAAACGUCAAGAAGAAGGAGAAGAAGAAGAAGAAAGGGGGAGAAUGUGCUGCUGCUGCUGUGGAGAUGACUGUGAAUGCAGGCCUCUUGCCUUUCUGCUAGCCCUUCCUUUUGCCUUCGUCUCCCUCAUCCUUUCCAUAAUUGGCAUCAUUAUAUGGAUUCCUGGCUUGUUGCUGAGUUGCAUAUGCCCAUGCUGCUUCUGCGUGACGAUCGUAGUGGAGUUCGCGCUAGGGUUGAUCAAGGCGCCAUUUCUUGUGAUGGAGUGGUUUAUCUCCAAGAUUCCUUGUUAGGGUUUAAGUUGCAGAGAUCGUUCUUUUCAAGGAUGUGAUUAAUUGGUUAGAGGUCGAGAACCAGGGAUUGAUUGAUGUAGUUUGACUUUUUCUUUCCCCUCUUUUGGUGCUUCUGUGGACGACAUAAACAAAGACAAUGAUGAAGCUAUUUUCCCGUCUUGAUCCUUGGCUUUCUUGCUCUAUUAUUAGUUUCUCAAUCUGUUAAUUGCGUGUUGAAUAUUCGUCGGUUACUUUGUUUUUGUUGAGAACGAUGAACAAUGAAUAAUGAUGUCAAUUUGAAUCC